GGUGGAUAUAGCAGCUGAUCCUGUUGCUGCUUGGGCUGCAGACGUCAAGGACAUAUAAAGCCCGGCGAGAGCUGAAUUUCACCGAUCCUUGUGACUCUGACACUGCGAAGAGAGGAUGGCGCUGAGGUACGGCUAUCGGCUAUUGAGCAGCGCCCUGCGCUCAUCGCCAUGCCGCCACACCAGCACGGCAGCCACAUUCCAUGGCAUCUCGUCACCCGCACCACCAGCAGCAACAGCAGGGCUUCCUUGUGCGGCCAGCGGCCUGCUGGAGACCAUCAAGACAUCGUUCGACGGCCUGCAGAGCGCUGCACGGCUGGCAAACGUGUCACCUGCAGUGGCUGGUGAGGCGGCUUCAUCUGCUGCGUCAGCGGCUGCUGCUGUGAAUGGGUCUGUUGGUCGGAGUGAGCUGGGUGUGUCGCUGACUGACAUGGGUCGUGAUGUGGUGGAGCGUUGGGUGGCGCGGGACGGCCUCCUCUGGUGGGUCGGACGACUCAUGAGAAGUAAGCAAGCUGGGCCGGCCGCACACAGACAGACAGGCGUCUAGGCAGGCAGACACCAUGCAAUCAAUGCAGACGAGCAAAGCAACCAAUGGCAUGGCAUGCGUGUGUGUGGUAAGGGACGUGGCAGCCGAGCAAGUGGCGUUGGUAUCACCGGCACGGCUACUGGGCCACGCGCAAGAAGAAACUCAAAUUCGACAAAUACUGCAGAUACAGGUGGGUGAUCUGGGGGGUGUCAGAUAGAUAGAUAGAUAGAUGCACACGGACGGGAGCAGAGCAGGCGAUGAAUGCAUUGCAAUCAAUGCCCUUCAGUGUCUGUCUGCGCGUGUGUUGUGUUGUGUUGUGUGGUGAUAGGUAUCAUGAGGUGAAGGGUUAUGGGCGGAUGCAGGCCAAGUGGUGGGAGGACAAGUCAUACUACAGGCCACUCGACAAACACAAAUACACCAGGUUCUGGUAGACAGCCGACAUCCAUGUACUCAGGGGGCAGGCAGGCAUUGCAACCAAUGCGCUGCAUUUUUGAGCGCUGGCUGGCGCGGUCUGCACAACCCCUGUUGUGUGUGAUUGAGGGUGUUUGACUGACUGACGCAUUUCUUAGAGUGGACUGCAAAUCAAAUACUCACUGUGUGGAUG